UUAUUUUUGAUUUUUAGUUGUUUUUUUUUUUUCAACUCUUUUCGUUUCGUAUUCCCUUCUCAAAUCGCUUGUUUAAGCAUGCGACGUUGGAAUGCCUCAAUGGCAAGGGUUGGCACACAAUUCUGGAGCAUGUUCGUGCUCGUCUGCUUUUUGGUCGGAUCUGCGCACGCCGUCCAAUACCGUGCAACAUGCUUUGCACGCGCGUUGUAUUUCACCCAAGAUUCUGGCUGCGGUGAUGGAACCUGCGACCCCUUCUGCACUGGUUGGGUGAAAUUUGCGCCAAAUGGCAACGCAAACUGGAAUGCCGGUGUGCUAUCAGAAAACAGCAAUCCUCGUUGGAACAUUGACAUCAACUACGGCGCUGUGAGCGACUGGGCAGGGACGGUGCAAUGGUAUGUUAAAUGCGACGACGACGAUCCUUGGCCCAAUCCCGACGAUAUCAUGGGAUGGAAGACGUUCAAUCCCAUCACCCUGAACGGCAAUGAAGAGCAAGGCAGCUUGACCACCAUUCCUUGGCAAGGUGUCGAUCUCGGAGGCACCACUGGUGGCGAGUUCAACAUUCCUGCAGUCUACGUCUAUCAUCGCGCCAUGUGCGACCAAUACUGGUAUGGUGCUCGUUGCGGCGAGUACUGCAAAGUCAGCGAUCCUCCGGCGUGCACCGCUUGCAAUCCCUCAUCAGGCGUGUGCACUUGCUCUGUCGGUUACACGGGCAAAGACUGCGGCACCUGCGUCGCCCCAAACUACUGGCCAGUUGGCACGCCGGGACAAGCCGGCUUCCAAUGUGUGCACUGCGCGAGUACAAACCUUUCCACUGUGUGCUACACGUGCGGCACAGGUGGCGUCAAAAGCUGCUGUGACGGCUGGACUGGCCCGAAUUGUGACAGGUCAAACGUGUGCGGCGCGUUCCCGAUGCCUCCUUUGAACUCGAUUGCCGUCAUGAAUGUCACUUCUUGUAACUGCAACUUUACUGGAUGCAUGUGCACCUAUGCAUGCAAGUCUGGCUUUUCUGGUGGCUCUGCUACGACGACGUGUCUUUCAAGCGGGCCUUGGAGCUGGAGUUCAACUUUGACCUGCGCGGACAGAGACGAAUGCGCUCCGGGCGGCGGCAACCAGUGCAAUCAAAUCUGCAACAACACCAUUGGCGACUAUACUUGCUCUUGCAACUCGGGAUACAGUAUCAACAACGCUGGCCGCGGUCCGAGCGGAUGCACAGACCUUGACGAGUGCUCGACAAACAAUGGCAACUGUGGCCAAAAUUGCAACAACGUUCCAGGAUCGUACCAUUGUUCCUGCUAUGAUGGUUUCCGGUUGCAGGGCGACGGCAAAUCAUGCUCGGAGAUUGACGAAUGCCAAGAAGGCUUGGACAAUUGCGACGGGAAUGCCACCUGCACCAACACCAUUGGCAGCUUUGAGUGCGCGUGUUUUGCCGGAUUCGUGGGCAACGGCACUGUUUGCACGGACGUCGACGAGUGCGCCACUUUGCCUUGCAGUGAGUUUGCUGACUGCGCCAACUUUCCCGGCAACUUUACUUGCACCUGCCAAAUCGGUUAUGCGGGCAACGGCGUCCAGUGCGUGUUUGGAAAUUCAGCGGCUUUUGCGGAAAGCUCGCGGUUUGUACUCCUUUCUGACGGCGCAUCGAGCGCCACCUCGCCCAUCCAGUUGCGCGUUGAAAUGGUUCCUGACUUUGACGGUACUCUUGUCCCCUUUAACGUGUCUUCGUUGGAUCUCAUCCUAGGCGUUGAUUACACUGUGGAGACCCCAUCUCCGCUGGUCUUCAAUCUCGGCGACACAUUCAAAUCCAUUACGAUUGUGGUGAUUGGCAAUGACAACCCCGAGCCUCUUCGGAGCAUCUUUGUUCAACUGCAGGAUUCAGUAAGCGCGUUUAACAAGUCGACAAUUGCCGUGGACGCCAAUGACAAUCCAAAUGCAGUGGUACGCUUUGCCGCGGCGUCGCGCGCGUUUCGGGUGGACAUUACCGCUGGCACCUACCCUCUCACGAUUGAGAGGUACUCGUAUGCAUCACUCGUGAAUGCCAUCAAUGUCACUGUGUGGUGCGAUUUCCCAGUGCCCCAAAACAUUUCGAUCGUGAUUCCCGCAAACCAAGCCGCAGCAACGAAGAUCAUUCAGCUGCCAUUCUCGUCCGUGCCUACUCUUGAUGUCGUGCACACGUAUACCAUCGUUAGUGCCAUGGUGAUUGGCAGUGGAUCUGCCGCGGCCAUCGGGUACUAUUCGACUUCUCGCGUGACCGUGAACGCACACGACGACCCUUAUGGUGUGUUUGGAUUCAGCUUGACUCACGUGUCGGUGGCGGAGAGCUCUACGGGCUUUGUGCAGUUAAAGCGACUCAAGGGCACUCUGGGAACUACGGUCGUCCGCGUGCGAAGUUUGACUUUGAGCUCAAGUCAAGCCAAUGGUGUGGGAAUCGCAUCCCCAAGCGACUAUGCCGCUGUUUCCCAGCUUGUCACUUUCAGCGAAAACGAUGUCGAGGCCCAUGUCUCUAUUGCAGUGCUUGCUGAUGGUGUCCCUGAGCUGGAUGAAAUGUUUGGUCUGCUCUUGGAGUAUGUGUCCGGACCUGGCCGUGUCGAUGCGACAUUGGCGCUGGCGUUGGUCACCAUACCCGAGAACGACAAUGCGCGUGGUGUUCUCUCAAUCACGCGGGUGUCCAGUUGCUUUGAAGAGUCGCCCCUUGUUGGUGGAGUUCCUCAACCGAACAACACGGUGGCGAUUGAAGUCAUCCGCUCUGGUGGUCUGUAUGGUGCCGUUUCAUUUACCUGGUCGAUGCACAGCGGAAGGUUCAAGAACACGACGCUGUCCGCCGACAAUCGAGCAUCAGCGCCCGGAGAUUGCACGGCCUCGUCAAGUCAAACCGUGAUUAUUGCUGCUGGUGUGGACCGUGCACAGAUUCAAGUGGUGCUGCUUGCCGACUCAAUCCCAGAGUUGGACGAGUACUUUUGGGUGCAGCUGGAUUCGGCAAGCUACGGCGUGACCAUUGACCCAGUCAGCAACUUUACAGACGUUUGCAUCGGCAUGAACGACAAUCCAUUCGGAUCUUUGGCGUUCGAGCGUGUCAAUCUCACGCUGAGUGCGACGGGCGAGAGCCGUCUGCUUGUUCGCGAGAGCGAUGUUGUGACUGUCGCUGUUUCGCGUGUCGGUGGCACGUUUCACCGAGUGUCCGGAGUUGUCUCCAUCGCGCAUGAAACAACCAGCUCGGCUGAUUUUGCUGACAGCUCCGCUCGCACUGUCACAUUUGAACCUGGACAACGUACUGCGUUGGCAUCAUGGACGAUCAGCGCAGACAGCACACAGGAGCCGACCGAGCUGUUCAAGCUUGUUUUGACGGCGAACGGAGCCAGCGCUGGUCAGGAAGCAACUGUUCUUGUUGGCGCGACGUCGUUGGACUCUACCAUCCCGUGCGCUAUUGAAGCCCAGGAUGGUGUAAACGGCGUUUUAUCUUUUGUUCAACCGACGGUUUCUGUCGUCGAAGAUACUGGCAAGGUCACUCUGACAGUGCAACGUGUCGGCGGAAGUGCCACAGAAAUCAGCUUCCAGACCAACGCAGUGCCUCUUUCCGCAUCCGGCGACGACUUUGACGCGUCAAAUCAAAACAACACGUACACGCUCGCGGUUGGGGAGACAUCUGUCUCGUUUGACAUUGAGGUUUCAAAGGACAGUGCUCCUGAACUCGACGAGACCUUUACUGUGACGCUCGUCAAUGUGACUGGUGCGACCUUGUCGUGGAUGUCAGUGGCGACUGUGACCAUUCUGAGGAAUGACGACGUCAACGGCGUGGUUGAGUUUGCUCCUUCAUCGGGUCAAAAUCCACUUGUGACGACCAUCUCCGAGGACUCUGGCUUUAUUCGGCUCCCUCUGUGGCGUGAGAUUUCACAAGUGGGUUCCGUCACGGUGAGCUUUGUCGUGACAACCGACCUCACGUCUGAUCCCGCGUGCGCGUCCCUGUCGGGUUUGGGUCUGUCCUCAGCCCCAGCAAACCUGACGCAACAUGUGGACGCGGCGCCGUUUGUGGUGACGUUUGGAGACGGUCAAAACGAGGCUGAGCUCGCGAUACCGUUGCACGACAACAGCUUGCUGGAUGGCAGUCGAGUCAUGUUCAUCUGCCUGAAAAAUCUGCAAGGAGGAGCGCGCUUUGGUGCCUCUCAAGCGAUGGCAAUUGUCAUUCAAGACGACGAGCAUGAUACGAACGAAUCAAGCUCCGCUCCAGUAGCUGCAGCUGCUGCAGGCGCAGCAGCGGGAGGCAUCGUGGUGCUUGUCGCCGUCAUCGUUGUGUUGGUUAGUCGAAUUCGGCGCAAGCGAACUCGUGUCGUACAAAAUGGCGAGCUGAUCGCUUCAUUCAAGCCUCAGAACGCUCCAACCGGCAAUCACCAGUCCAUGACGCGCAACCCCAUUUUUACUCCUUCGGAUCCUGAAACUGACUCCCCCUACGAAGUCUUCAUUUCCACGCGACGCGCGGCUUCGCCAUCCGAGAAACAUGCUGAAGGGCAGGAUUCUCCGUCGCCAACCGCUCCGCCUGCGUUUGACGCGAUGCGUGCAGCAUUUAGUUCGACGCGUGGACAGCAAGAAGAAGACGUGUAUGACUCGGUGUACACGUCAACAAUAGAUUGCUUCCAGCGAGAGCAAGCAUUUUCGCGCGACGAGCUCCAGCUCAAGUCUCUUCUGGGUUCUGGCAACUUUGGCGAAGUCUGGCUGGCGCAUGUGCCCUCCCGAUGGCUCGCAAAGCAAACUCGUCAGUCCCGCUCCUCCAAUGCGACGACGGUCGCCGUUGCUGUCAAGACUCUGAAAGCGGAUGCCAGCGACAAGAGCAAGAGUGACUUUGCUGGUGAAGCCCAAGUCAUGCGCCGCUUCAACCAUCCCAACAUUGUUUCCGUUGUCGAAGUUUUUGUCGAGCAGGAGCCCUGGAUGCUCGUGCUCGAGUUGCUUCCGUAUGGUGACUUGCACAAGUGCAUCGAAUCGUGCAACGCUGGCGGAUUGACACCCACUGUUGGAGAGUACCUGCACAUCUUUUCGCAAGUGGCCAGCGGCUUGUCAUACCUUGCUGGACUGCGCUUUGUGCAUCGCGAUAUCGCAGCACGCAACUGUCUUGUGGGAGCCGGUUUGGUCGUCAAGAUCUCCGAUUUUGGUUUGUCGCGCGAGCUGGAAGAGCAGAAUUAUUACCACAUGCAGACACGUAGAGCCCUACCCGUUCGUUGGAUGGCGCCCGAGUUUUUGCUUUAUCGCAAGUCAUCGCCUGCGUCGGACGUCUGGGCGUUUGGCGUGCUCAUGUGGGAGGUCUUGUCUGCCUGUAUUCUUCCGUACGAAGGCGUUGAUGCGAAAGGACUUGUUCUCUUUUUGGAAAGCGGCCAACGCUUGUCUCGUCCCCCGCUUUGUAGCGAUGAGCUUUGGGAAUUAGUCUCGAGCUGCUGGACGUGGGAGGUGACCGACCGUGUUGAUGUCGCCCAGCUUCAUGUUGCGUUUGCACGAAUGUCACUGGACGAAUCUGAUUCCGUUCGCGACUUGGGUGCCAUCUUGGCUCGAACGAGCUCCGUUCAACCCACGAGUUCGUAACGUUUUCUCGCUCCUUGUCACCGACGAGCUUAUUGCCCCCGACGACCCCCCCCCCACUCGUGCACAUGCUCAAAAUAAAAAUUUGUCACUUCU